GCAGAAGUUUGGGCCGACUUUGAGCUGGUUAGGCGCCGGGUAGCCAACAUGGGCGCGUCCCUCCGGUCGAUCCAGCGGGAGCUUGCCCGGGACAAAAUCAGCUCCUUCGCGCAAUACCAACGCAUGGUGGUGCAAGCCCAGCCCGCGAAUGCACCGCACCGGCACUGGGCUGCUGCAAUUCUGGCACGGACUUUCGGCCAGCAGAGCGCGGUCAGUCGCCUCACGGAG